AUGCUCGGUCAUGGUUCCCAUGGCUCCGUCAAGAAGGUUUGGGGCACUCGACGGGAGCUGUUGACACCCAAAAACGCUUCGAGCGGCAUCAGCUGCAGCAGCAGCACGAUGGGCUGGGUUCGGGAGACAUUAUACGUUCGGGAGACAUUGUACGCCUGGGACAUUGGUGUCGCCGCCAACAAGCUCAACAUCCGCAACCUGGGUCCACCUGCCUCGCCACUCAUUAGUCAGCCACCCCACGACCGCAGCUUGGGGAAUGUCCCCAUGUACCACUACACAAGGGGCACCGUUUACAAGAAGCCGGGCGUGGAGAAAGAGAUUUGGAUGUUUGACAAGCGGACCUACACCGCAUAUGAGCACCAGCUCAAGUUGCCACCCAUCCCGAUGCCCCCGAACUGGACCAAAGAUCUUACUCUGCAGGACGGCCUUAAAGUGACCAAGGAGCUCCACGACACGGUAGUGGACAUGCUCUCCCACAUGAAUCAGGCCAUUGCCCAGCUGCCUGAUCUGACGGAGAAGGUCAAGAAACAGAAGGAGGCGGAGGCCGCAGCGGCGGCGGCGGCGGCAGCAGCUGCUGCUGCAACCAAGACAGCCUUACGCAUACGACCGGGAAAUCCAGGCAAGGUGUGA